GCCCGGCUCCCGGACGCUGGGCGGGCGUGUGCGUGGCGCGGGCGCGGGCGCAGGGAGGGCGCGGAGGCAGCGCGGCGGGCAGGGGCGCCCAGCCCGGGUACCGUGCACAGUGGGGACACCACCAGCUCCCCACCGCCGGGCUGAGAGGUGGGGUCGGACCUGGACCCCUAAAAGCGAACCGCCUCCCGCCCUCUGGUCCUGCCUGUGGGGAGCCAAGUCGCCGACGGCGGCGGAAGCUGGGAGUUUCCUCUCCCGCUGGAUGGAGCUGAACUUUGGGCGGCCACAGCGGCGCGGCUGUGCGAGGCUGGCAGCGCGCUGAGCUCCCUCGGCGAGACCCGGCAGCGGCUUUGGAAUUUUUUUGUGUGUGGGGGGGCUUGGGGGGGCCCGGGACCCACUGAGCGCCAGCAAGAUGAUCAUGGCCACCCUGUACUUGGUGCUGCCGCUUCUGGACGGACUCCUGGCCGCGGAGGUGAGCGGUGGAGACCGCCUGGACUGCGUGAAAGCCAGUGACCAGUGCCUGAAGGAGCAGAGCUGCAGCACCAAGUACCGCACACUGAGGCAGUGCGUGGCGGGCAAGGAGACCAACUUCAGCCUGACAUCGGGCCUGGAAGCCAAGGACGAGUGCCGCAGCGCCAUGGAGGCCCUCAAGCAGAAGUCUCUCUACAACUGCCGCUGCAAACGGGGCAUGAAGAAGGAGAAGAACUGUCUGCGCAUCUACUGGAGCAUGUACCAGAGCCUGCAGGGAAAUGAUCUGCUCGAAGAUUCCCCAUAUGAACCAGUAAACAGCAGAUUGUCUGACAUAUUCCGGGUGGUCCCAUUCAUACCAGUGGAACACAUCCCCAAAGGGAACAACUGCCUGGAUGCGGCCAAGGCCUGCAACCUGGAUGACACCUGCAAGAAGUACAGGUCGGCCUACAUCACCCCCUGCACCACCAGCAUGUCCAACGAGGUGUGCAACCGUCGGAAGUGCCACAAGGCCCUGCGGCAGUUCUUUGACAAGGUCCCCGCCAAGCACAGCUACGGGAUGCUCUUCUGCUCCUGCCGGGACAUUGCCUGCACUGAGCGCAGGCGGCAGACCAUUGUGCCCGUGUGCUCCUAUGAGGAGAGGGAGAAGCCCAACUGCCUGAACUUGCAGGACUCCUGCAAGACCAACUACAUCUGCAGAUCUCGCCUUGCAGAUUUCUUCACCAAUUGCCAGCCAGAGUCAAGGUCUGUCAGCAGCUGUCUAAAGGAGAACUAUGCUGACUGCCUCCUCGCCUACUCAGGGCUUAUCGGUACAGUCAUGACCCCCAACUAUGUGGAUUCCAACAGCCUCAGUGUGGCCCCGUGGUGUGACUGUAACAACAGUGGGAAUGACCUGGAGGAGUGUUUGAAAUUCCUGAAUUUCUUCAAGGACAAUACGUGUCUCAAGAAUGCAAUUCAAGCCUUUGGCAAUGGCUCCGAUGUGACUGUGUGGCAGCCAGCCCUCCCCGCUCAGACUACCACUGCCACCACCACCAUAGCCUUUCGGGUUAAGAACAAGCCCCUGGGGCCAGCAGGGUCCGAGAAUGAAAUCCCCACUCAUGUUUUACCACCUUGUGCAAAUUUACAGGCACAGAAGCUAAAAUCCAACAUGUCGGGAAGCACACACCUCUGUCUUUCUGAUCACGAUUAUGAAAAGGAUGGUCUCGCUGGUGCUUCCAGCCACAUAACCACAAAAUCAAUGGCUGCCCCUCCGAGCUGCAGGCUGAGCCCACUGCUGGUUCUGGUGGUGACUGCCCUGUCCACCCUGUUAUCUCUAUCCUUGGUGGAAACAUCGUAGCUGCAUUAAAAAUAUAUAUAACAUACGGACCUGUAAAAACACACAAACCAAGUUAUCUGUUUCCUGUCCUCUUGUAUAUCUGAAAUUCCAGUUUUAGGAGCUCAGUUGAGGCACUGCUACAACAGUUUUAUCCAACUGGAACUUUAUGCUUAUCUUUUUUUGUUUUGUUUUGUUAUGUUUCCUUUUUAUUUCAAGAAAGCUUCUUGUGAUCCUUAGGGCUUCUGUGGGAUAACCAGAGCUACAUUCCAAACUCACAAGAAGGCUUCAGGGCAUGCUGAAUUGAAAAGGGACCAGGUGGUGAAUCUCUUUGCAGAGAAAACUGGGACCAUGUUUUUCAUGACGAUGGUGGUGAUUUCAACCAUUUCAUUCUGACCUUUACCCAGCUAGAAAAAGAGUUAGUCUUUCUAACGAAUCUUCCAUGGCUCCUGGGAUAGCUUUGAUUGUUGGUAACAUAACUUCAGUCUGUGAUGAGUAUCAAGUGGAGAUCCUCACGGAGAGGAUCCAGGUGGACUUAAUGUAAACAAGCUCAUACCAGUGCCCUUCUCUCUUCCUCUCUCUGUACUAGCCUUCUUCAAGUUUCUGUACAUGUCUGUGUAGUGUAAACAGUUUUGCACUCUCCUACCAAACAGAAAAUCCCCGUCACCACAAGUGUCCAUCUUCUAGCCCCAAGUAGAGACCAAGAGUGAGCAAAAAGCUCACAGGAGUCUAAGCACUAAACAACAGUCCCCUAAAGCCUUACCUGAGUGAGAAGCCCUGCAAUUAACAAGUCAAGCUUAGUUGGAGCCUUGCUCUAAUACUCUUUACAUGUAUGAGGUUAUAUGUAGAAAACAAAAAUUUCCUACUAAAUGGUUUCCACUAUUGGCUUUCUAUAUUUUGAAUGUAAUGAUCUUGUCUUCAUUUUUUACUGAUGGUUUAAUACAAAAUCCCUGGAGCUUAUUCCUCCCCCCCCCCAUAAAGUAGUGUGAGCUCCAAUACUCAUGUUCAUGCACCCAGCUCUUCAAAAGCAGACUCUGAGGAGCCUCCAACUGUGAAAGGAGGCUCUGCAUCGUAUUACUGUGGACAGGCAGGAGGAAACAGAGACCCCAGACGUUGUCUUAUCUGUCAUUCAGAUGCAAGCACGCGGACCUGAGAGGACACUGGCGGGCACCUGUAAACAUUUUGUGAUGUGUGAUGGCACCCUGGCUCAUUGACAUGAUUGGUUACCUGGCAAAGGAAAGCUUUGUGUGAGACAGGGACAGGGCAUGCUCUGCUCACGUCUGAAUCAAAUCUUUGGCAGGGGUCUGCAUUCUCCUAAGGAUAGACUUUAUGUAUUUACACUGGAGCAGAAUGGCUUGACUGCUGUUUGUUUUGAAAGUUGUCAUCAGUAGCCCUGAGUAGAGUUUUGCUCAGCUCCUCUGACAGACUGUAACUGCAUAUAUGAAAAAGAAAGCAGAUUCCUGGAUGAAGAGGCUGCACCAUAGGAUUGUGGAACUACAUUGGUUGACACAGACACACCAAACACAACAGGAUUCUGGAUCCCCGAGGCAUCUGGCUUGAUAACUGCAUAUCAUCUCCCAUCCUUCUCAUCCUCAAAUGAACAGAUCCUAAAGUGUACUUGUGAAGUCUGGUUGAAAUGGCGAGAUUCAGAAUAUCCAGUGACUCCAGUACUGGUAGCUGUGUUUCUCCCAAACAUACUGAAUAGAGAAGAGGGGAUUUCACCUGAAUAGAGAGUGCUAGAAAUACUAGCUUUCUUCUCCCCCAGCAGCAAGGGGGCUGCAGGAGGAACCAAGGUGCACACUUCAUAGUGAUUCCCCCUUUUGCCCGCUGAUGUUUGCCUUGUAAGAAUCAAUCAAAUUUCUGGGGUGGGAAAUCGAUUCAAUUCAAAACAAAAGCAUAGUCUUUUAGCUCUAUUGGUGUUUAAAGUACAUUUAUAUCCAAAUGUUAAUAAACAUAAAUGUAUAAGA